AGCAAGCAUGUGUCAAUCCCGCCACCGUGGACGGUAUUUAGGGUUCGCCCGAAACUAUCACGGUUUUUUUUGUUUCUUACAUUUCACGACAUGUCACAUCUCUCGCGAGAAUAUUUCCUUCAGACCUCAUUGCAUUUAUAUGUGAUCAAGGCCGAGUCUGGAGAUUGUAUGGAAGAUGACCAGCACAAAUGCAACGGCCGCUUGCUUCACGGAUCCUGUUGUUCUAAAUUAUAUCGAAGCGACAGCUCAGUAUGCUGCCGAGUCCUAUAGCACCGCUGCAAUCAUUACUGGCGCUGCCCUGCCUGUCGUAGCAGGAAAUAUUUGUUUAUCUAUUUGGCGGAUCGUAUGGAAGAAGCGCAAUCCUCGCGCAUAUGUCCUUUUGCUCGGUUCGUUGGGGAUUGCGGUCGGUGCAGUGAUGCUGGUCAAGCCCGUGACGCAUUAUCGUGGUCGUACUCGUCUAUCUGUGAUCCUCGGGUUAAUUGGCUCGAUCGUUAGUCAGGUGGCAUUAAAUGUGGCGGGUGUCCUAAGAUUCUCUGUCCCUCUGUCUAAUCGACCUGUGCGGAUUGCGUAUAUUGUCAUCACAGCCAUGUUCACCGUAUCAUUUUGCGCUGCAAAUCUUGUGAUCGGAUUGUCGGAAAUUGAUACAUGGCAAUUCCCAUCAGCUAUUUCACAGGCAUUUUCCGUAAAGUUGGGAAUCUUGUCCUUAAUUCUUCCAAUAUUCUAUGGAAUUUCAGGUCUUGUCUGUUUUAGUUUUCAGCUACGACGUUUUCUGCGAUCAGUUCGCCAUUGGUCCAUGGGUGACGAUAAGAUCUACUCGGUCGAAGUUGCCAAUCACAUCAUAAUGGGUUUCUUGCUCACAAUGAUUAUUAUAUACCUUUCAUGUUUUCACCUGUUCGACAAUGAUGCCAGGUUUGACUCACCCAUGUCUUUGCUAUUCAGCUCCGCGCUUCUUGGCUGUGAGAAUAUCUUUGAGACAUUUACAGACUUCAUUCAUGAAGUACAGGUGACAAACAUCAGCAGUGGGAUGAGGUCCCCUGCAUUGCAGGACGAGCUACCAAGUCCCUUGAGAGGGUUCAGUCUCGCUGUACCGACGCAACGGUCAGACGCCGGCAGCUCCGGAGCCGAUUGACGUUUACGGCUUUUUGCGGGUUAACCUUGUAUAUUUACCAAUACCUUCGUUAGAAAUACCCUCAUUAUUAUGUUGGUUGUGUGUGUCAGAGUAGUCGACUAGAGAUAUCGUAAUUGUAGCAUUUGGAUAAGAUUCCAAAGGAUAAGCGAUUAUGUAAUCAACGC